AAGUGAUCCUAUAAGGGUUCCGUAUUUUCCUUUUGAGGAAUGGAACCUAUAGUAUUUGUAUUAUAAUUUAUAGAGUAAAUUCCCUAAAUAUUUUUAAAGAAUUUUAAAGAAAGAGUAAAACAAUUGAUAUUGGUUACUAAUUAUUAGGUACCAUUUGUUCACAUUCAUAAUCGCAUCAUGUCAUUCUUACCAUAACGGAAUAUACUACAACUAUUCCAUCAUUUUUAAUCUAAUUUGCAAACGUGCAGAAUCGCGUGAGUGAAUAAUAGGUAUGUGCUCAAUGUCUCGCACGCGAGCGAUCACGUGGAAACACUGCGGGCCUUAGCUGACAGCUUCAGAUAGGAAUUUGUUAUUUUAUAAUAAAGUUUAGUAAUUUUGUGUUUAUACACAUUACAAUAUUAACAUUAUUAGAUGCAUUGGGAUAAAGGGUGUCUGUUUAAUGAAUUACUUUGGGUGUCACAUUUGUAUAUAUUGAGUUGUAUUUUAGGUCAAAUAGCCCAAUAUGUAGGUAGUAAAUAGUGUAUUAUGCAUUACUUCUGGUACAUCGCCAUCGGCUAUUAUUGAAAUGUUUUUUUUUUUUAAAUUGGUAAGUAGAUAAAUGAUAAAUCAUUUAUGGAAUUACUAACUUUUAGUAGCUCCGGCUGUUACUUUUCACAAGACAUUAUUACGAGUGUAAUGAGAGGAUUAGCACAUUAUAUUUUAAUGACAUAUUUCUAUCAAACGAAUAACAAGGCAUGUAUCUAAUAGGCCUGUUUACAAAUUGCCCCAUAGAAAUAACCUUUAUCGCUAAUAACAUGCGACUAACAACAAUUUUCUAACGAUAGUAUAAUGUGGAUAUGAUUCCAAAAAUAUUAUAUACCAAAGUGUAUGUAGUUUCAUCGGACGCAUCCAUAUUAACCAUAACGUUAGAUGCUAAACAAAUAAUUUUUUCUAGUCAUUGCUUUUUAAUGACCACGACAUUCUACUCUAGCCGUGGAAAACAUGGACACGCCUGAAAGGCGAGCACCCCGUGCCUCACCCCUAGACGCUUUGUCCAUCGGUUACAUAAAAAUAUUAAAAGCAUUUCUUACGAUAUCAGCUUCCUGGCCAUACCUAACAGUCGGCGGAAAGGUUCACCCCGUGUAUAAGUACUAUGUCCGUUGCAUUAUACCCUUCGGACUUACAGCCAUCAGCUUAGAAGUAUGGUUCCUGAUCGACCACUUCAAUGUUUUAUCUCUCUUUGAAGUCGGUCAGAUGUAUUUGACAUGUUUUUUUGCUGCCUUGUCAAUAGCUCGAAUGUUUCUUCCAUUUUGCUCUCAAUAUGGAGAAAUAGUAGAACGAUUCCUACUUUCUUUUCAUCUCAUACAUUUCAAGCAUAAGGGCAGCUAUCACCUUAAGAUCUAUGAGAAGUUGGAAUGGCUAUCCCACCGCGUUGUAAUAAUAACACUGGUGUUAGGGAUGUUCUGUGCCAUGGCAUACAACAUGAUGCCCAUCAUCAACAACAUCAGCAGCGGGGCAUACAAGGAUGACAAUAAAACCGUCGAGUUGGCAGUCUACUUCUCUUACCCAGGCUUCGAUCCUCAGGACCACUAUAAGUUUGCCACAGUCUUCAACUUCUAUUCAGUUUUCGAAUGCGCGAUUUUAAUUGCUGGUAUAGACAUCCUCAUGUCGUUGUUCGUUAUGCAAAUAAUCGGCCAUAUUGAAGUGCUUAAAAAUAGUCUGCUGACCUUUCCUGAGCCCAAGAAGCCCACGAAUAUAAUAAACGCAGACUUUGGAAGAAUAAAUCAGUUUGCAGUUUUAAGAGCACCAAUGUUUACCGAGGAAGAAAAUCUUAUUAUCAAGGAAAAGAUAAAAGACUGUGUUAAACAUCAUCUAUUUAUUGUCAGUUUUACAGAUGACAUGUCGGCCCUUUUUGGACCGGUGUUAGCUAUUUACCUUCUCUUUCACCAAGUAUCGGGAUGUAUAUUGCUUCUUGAGAUAUCAGCAGGCGGCCCAGAUGCUUUUACCAAAUAUGGCCCCCUUACAGUAACAAUCUUCGGACAGCUCAUUAUUAUAUCAACUAUUUUUGAAAUAGUUAACACCAAGAGCGAGCUCCUUGCGACAACAGCAUAUUCAAUGCCGUGGGAGUGCAUGAACGUGUCCAACCGGCGCUCCGUGUGCAUACUGCUGCGCCGCCUGCAGCGGCCCAUCGCCGUCCGCGCGCUCGGCGUCACCGCCGUCAAUGUGCAGACUAUGAGCACGAUUUUAAAGACGUCCUUCAGUUAUUUCACCUUCCUCAGGACCCUGAAUGACUAAAUUUCAACGAUCCUGAACCAUGAACACCCGAAAUUCAGAGCUACUUCUACUUGCACGUCUCUUGCACAGUAUCGACAUGUUUCUAAUCUUAUUUAGGUACUUAUCCCAGCCUAGAACACUAUACUAUAAAUAAUACAUUUAUAGUGUUUAUAAUAUCUAUAAUGGCACAGAAUAUUUACAUACCGAAUACAUAAGAUACUAACAGAAGUCUGUAAGAGUAGUGUUUGAAUAUACUAAUUAUUAAUUAAUGUCAACUAACCAAUCAGUAAAGGGUCUAGCAGGCUAAGCGAAC